CUCGUUAGCAGUCGCUUUCUUCUUCUUGCUGCUUUGGACAGCUUUUUCUCCUUGCAGGGAUUCUCCCUCUCCAGUCUGUGAGUGCGUAAAGAUCUACAUGGAGCCUGGCAGGAGAAGUGCGACUCUCUGAAGGGAAUACAGUCCGGCUGCCUUUCCAACUACACCCGGAGCAUGGUUAUUUUGGAGGAAAGCUCUGCGGAGAGCUAAGUUGCGGCAUUCGGCUUUGAGUGUCAAAAUAUAGAGAGGGGGUCUUCGAGCAGCAGAGUAAACACUUGUGGACGCGUCAAACCGCCUCUUGAAUGAAAUAAUCAACUUUGGAGAAGCAGCGAUUCUUCGGGACUGCGAUGACCUCCAGUAAAGACAUGAGGGCAGGUUCUGUGUUACAGUCCAGCGGCGAGGAGAGGAGACGGGCUCCUUUGGACCAGCUGCCGCCGCCAGCCAACUCCAACAAACCUCUGACGCCGUUCAGCAUUGAGGAUAUCCUAAACAAACCGUCAGUAAAGAAGUCUGUGGCCAGUAUCUGUCCGCCCAGAGUGCUGGAGAAAGUGACGGGCUCCAACUCAGCGAGGAACGGGAUCACCACUCCCUCGUCGCCGCUGUGCGCGCUGGAGGAGCUGGCCAGCAAAACGUUUAAAGGACUGGAAGUGAGCGUGAUCCAGGCAGCAGAAGGUCGUGAGCACGUGAACGCUUUCGGACAGAGACAGACGUCGAAGAAGAGGAGAAAGUCGCGGACAGCCUUCACGAACCACCAGAUUUACGAGCUGGAGAAGCGGUUUUUGUACCAGAAGUACCUCUCACCGGCUGAUCGCGACCAGAUCGCGCAGCAGCUGGGGCUCUCCAACGCGCAGGUCAUCACCUGGUUCCAGAACCGCAGGGCCAAACUCAAGCGGGACCUGGAGGAGAUGAAGGCGGACGUGGAGUCUCUAAAGAAGAUCACCCCGCAGACUCUGCAGAAGCUCGUGAGCAUGGAGAACAUUGAGGACCCUCAGCAGGUUGGAGGACCCGAGGCCAGAUCGCCAAGUAUCUCCCCGACCUCCCGCGCCUUCCCACAAUCCCCGUCCUCCUCCAGAGACCAAACCACGGAUGAGUUCUCGGAGGACGACGAGGAAAUCGAAGUGGACGAUUGACAGUCAUUUGGGUCUGCGAUUUUCACAAGCAGCAAAAGAAUCCAAGAAGGGGGCAUUUUUCUUCCCAAACUUUUGCACGGAUAUUAACAGAGAAAAGGAGAGUUCAACCAGAAAACAUUCAACAUUUUUCCUCCUUUUCUUCUCCAUUUUAAUUUAUUACCCGGACUUGUAAAGCUCUCCAAGUCUGUCUUUUAGUCUCGCCACAACAUUUGAGGAAUACCCGUUUCCCCUGCAGACACUCUGAUGGUACUGUGAGACUAAAAACUGAUCAUUUUCCACGCUCGACUUAACAGAAAGGGGCAUGGAAAAGCUGUGCAAUUAUUUUAGUGUCAUUUACUCGCAUUCUCCGGAUUUGCCAAAUAUUUAA